GGUGACCGAAAACAGAAGGGAAAAGAUGUUUUUUGAUCAGGACGCAAUCUACUUCAUGUGUCUGAUGUAGAUCUGACAAACAUUUACGAAGGAAGUUUUGCUGGUAUUUAAAAAAAAAUAAAUAAAAAAAAAAAAAAAAAGAAGAAGAAGAGAAAACGUGAUGGUGUUUAUUUCAGGCAAAAGUUUCUUGGCAAUGUUGCGGUUUUUAACUCCGCUGCUCGUCGGAUUGUUUUCACAGUCAAUACGAAUGACAACUGAAAGAAAGUCAUACACACUUGGGAUAUCACGAGGCUGCCAAUAGGAAUCAUCCACUAGCUGUUGUCCAUCAGGGAGGUUCUCCUCAUUGGGCGAGACAUGGGCACUCUUUCCGACCAACACGGGCAAUGCAACCUCUGAUUGUACCGGCUCAAGCCCCGAGUGUCGACAUAACACAGGAGAAGCUCCAAAAACUAUGCUUCAAACCGACGGUGGGCCCUAUCCAGCAGUCAGAGGGGAAAGAAGUCAGAUUUAACUGCUCCGUAGACAUCAGUGAUGUGAGCCUGGACCUGAAUAUUCUGUGGUUUAGGAAUGGAAAAGAAAUCCUUGAUAGCACGCAGUCACAGGUAUUCACUCAUGGGACUGGCAUCUUGUUGUCCACUUUAAGCAUAAGCAGUGUCCAGAGAGCAGAUGCUGGCGAGUAUCACUGCCGGCUCAGUGUCAGCAACAAGAUCAUUGAGUCAAAUCCCAUCUUUUUAGAGGUAGAGGGCCUACCCACUUUCACCAUACAGCCGAGUGAUGUAAACAUCACAAGAAACACUCCCUUCACUUUGACCUGUGAGGCAGUCGGUCCUCCAAACCCUGUUACUAUCAUGUGGCUUCAUAAGGGCAAGAGAUUUCUAGAACGCAAUGAGUCGUCCAGCACCAUUACCGUUGAAGGUGUUGUUAAACCAACCCACUACAGCUGUGAAGCUCACAAUGAGAAAGGCCUUACAGUAUCCAGAGAGGCUCACAUCAAUAUCAAAGAGCUUCCUGACAAAGUGUCUGAAGUCACUGUAGUCAAACGUGAGGCCAACAAACUCAUCUUGAGCUGGACACCAGGACACGAUGGCUUCUCUCCUCUGAGCACCUGCUUAAUCACGGUACGAGAGCUUGGUCGGGAGUCGGCCCACCCCACUAUCGUUCCUCCGUUCCAGUAUGAGAUCAGCAACCUCAGGGCCAUGACCUGGUACAAUAUGUGUGUGUCCUGCACCAAUGAGAUCGGCUCGUCUCCGCCCAGUGCCUGGGUCCAGAGCAACACCACAGAGGGGGUCCCAUCAGAGGCCCCCCAAAACCUGACAGUUCAUAUCAACAAUUCCAUGUUGAUGAUCCGCUGGGAAGCUCCGCCCCCUGACAAGCUAAAUGGAAUCUUGCAAGGGUAUGAUGUCACUGUCAAACAUGGGACACAUACCAACAAGAUUCACAGCAUGAAUACAGAGGCCGCAGUGACUCUGCAGGUGUUUAACACCUCUUACAGUGUGGAGGUUGUGGCUUGCACUCAGACCGGUUGUGGGAUUAAAAAAUCACGCUACUGGCUCUUCAUAUCAGACAGUGAAUCUCCAGAGUCUCCAUCCACUACUCCAGUUCCCAAUCGCCAAGACUCUGCAUACAUCGUGCUUGGAGUGGUUUGCGGUUUCUGUCUUUUGAUUAUUGUGAUGUUCGUGGCCAUGUGGUUGCGCAAUCACUCUUAUUUGCAGUUUUUAUGUGGUACUGAUGACAAACUUAUAUCGAUCGAGUACAAGCCUCAGAGGUCCUAUAACCGCUCAGCCAUUGAAAUCACACUUGCCAGUUUGGGCAUCAGCAGUGAGCUACAGACCAAACUCAAAGACGUGAUGAUCCUUAGGAACCUGCUGUCCAUCGGGAAAGUCCUAGGAGAAGGUGAGUUUGGAUCGGUGAUGGAGGGGCAUCUGAGACAACCCGAUGGAACCAGUGAGAAAGUUGCUGUGAAGACCAUGAAAUUGGAUAACUUCUCUCAGAGAGAGAUUGAAGAGUUUUUGAAUGAGGCAGCUUGCAUGAAGGAUUUUCAGCACCGGAAUGUCAUCAGACUCUUGGGUGUGUGUUUGGAGGUGGGCUCAGGACACUUUCCCAAGCCAAUGGUUGUGCUCCCCUUCAUGAAGUAUGGAGACCUGCACAGCUUCCUGCUCCGAUCCCGUCUCAGAGACAGCCCUGCCGAUCUCCCUAUACAGAUGCUACUGAAGUUUAUGAUUGACAUCGCGUUGGGAAUGGAGUAUCUCAGCAACAGAAACUUCCUUCACCGCGACCUUGCAGCACGCAACUGCAUGUUGCGUGAUGACAUGAGUGUGUGUGUUGCUGACUUUGGUCUGUCUAAGAAGAUCUACAGUGGCGAUUAUUAUAGACAGGGCAGGAUCGCAAAGAUGCCCGUCAAAUGGAUCGCUGUGGAAAGCCUCGCUGACAGAGUCUUCACUGUCAAAAGUGAUGUGUGGGCGUUUGGAGUGACUAUGUGGGAAAUAGCCACCCGAGGCAUGAACCCGUACCCUGGUGUGCAAAACCAUGAAAUUUAUGAUUAUCUCCUUGAGGGCAACCGACUGAAACAACCAAACGACUGUCUUAAUGAACUGUACGACAUCAUGUUCAAUUGCUGGAGCGCUGACCCGGUGGACCGACCUGACUUUACACAGGUGCGAGAGAGGCUGGAGAAUCUAGCAGAGAAGCUUCCCGCGGUGUCCAACAGGAGAGACAUCAUCUACAUCAACACCAGCUUCACUGAGGAAGAAUCAAUAACUGAUGUGGCUGCGGAGAGACCUGUCCUUAUCUCAGCUCCCUCCUGUAGCCGUCAAACCAUGGACACAUCUGUCGUGACCGCAGACGUUCACGAGAGUACGGAUGCUGAGGGAGAUGACCGUUACGUUGUUGUCUUGUCCUCUGGGGAACAAGCGAUGAUGGGUGCGAGCAGUGCUGUUGAUACACCACUGUUGGAUCACGGACUCUUGGAAGGGGCAGUGUGGAAACAAUCUAGCGACACAAGACUUUUGCUCUGAAGAAGAGAUGUGAGAUGGGAAGAAUGAUGAAAUGCAUCAGAACAUUGACUCUUUGAGAAUUGGCUCAACUAAUUUUUUUUUGCGGUGUUCAACUUAAAGGUGGAGUUUCAGCGCCCCUAGUGUCACUAAACGGAAUUGCAAAUAUAAUGUUUUCAAACAGGUUUCCCAAACAUUCUCCCCUUUUUUCAUUGAUCUGACAAACAUGAUAGUGACAAAUGUGACAGUGCCACAGAACCACAGUGUUUACGCUUUUCGGGGGAGUCUUUUUCGGGGAAGUCUGAACAGCAUAACAUGCAUAAAAUUAUUAUUUUACAAACCUGAUCCGAAACAGAUUUGAAUAAAAAAAAAAUGUAUUGCGAAAGAAUUCCACAUAUCAUUUGGUUGUUUAUUGUUGGGACAGCAAGAAAACACAUUAAAUCGGAUUUUUAUGUAUAAACAAGAUUCAAAACAAUUUUUGAUACAAAUUUUAACAGCGAAAAAAUUACACACAUUAUUUGAUUGAUUAUAGUUGGGAUAGCAAAAAAGCAUGAAAUUAGAUUUUUACAAACCUGAUUUAAAUCAGAUUUGGAUCCAGAGUUUAACAGCAAAAAACGUACAUGCAUCAUUUUGUUGUUUAUAGUCGGGACACCAAAAAAAGCAUGAAAUUUGAUUUUUACAGUCCCGACUGAAAUAAGAUUUGUAUACAUUUUAACAGCGAAAAAAAUUACACACAUCAUCUGGUUGUUUAUAGUUGGGAUAGCAAAAAAAGCAUGAAAUUGGAUUUAACAAGCCUGAUUAAAAUCAAAUUUGUGUACAAAUUUUAACAACAAAGAAAUGACAUAAUUUAGUUGUUUAUAGUGAGGACAGUACAGGAAAUUGUAAUUUUUCCAUCCUCUCUUCAACACUGACAGCAAACUCUCAGUUGUCGAUAAAGAAAUUCGCCCAUCUUGCAUCCUGCUCAUUACUGUGUCGUUGCUAUGGCAACCGAUAUAAAUUUGACCAGAUAUUGACUACACUUUCUGUACAAACAGACCCGAUUUAAUCACUUUCACAAUGACAGUAUGGACAGUCGAUCCUAAAGAUUGUAUUUGAAAACAAAUUUGAAGCCCCUCUUCUUCCCUCAUGCAAAAUUUUACCUCUGAGAGUAUUUCACAGUGCUCACAAUGGAAACAGAACGGAUAUGUCACCCACCUGAUGAACUCUGUUUAAAGCCACAUUUACUGUGGAGUUCUUUGCCUUAAUGUAUGUUAAUGCACAGGACCCCAAAACUGUGAUACUGCAGUUUUUAGAAAUGAAUAAGAGACUGUUCCCUUUUUGUAAUAUAAUGUAAUUGUCUUUGUAAUGUGAUUAAAAUGUUAGUUUUAUUAUUAUUAUUAUUAUUAUUAUGCUUUUUGUGAUCUUUGAUUUAGAAAAUAAUUUUGUACAAAGUAUCCAGUUUGUAUAUUAGAAGUGCAUUUUGUAAAUAUAGUUGAUCUUUUAUAUUUUAACUUCUUUAGGGAAAUCUAUGAUGGAAGUGUUCGGAUGUUAUAUGAAGUAUUCUUUACCUUUGAGGUACACUAGCAGUGUCACUAUUUAUUUGUGAUUGUUAUAAAAGUGUAUAACUAAUUACAGGUAUUAUGAAGAAUAUCUUACUAAAUACUGCUUACAAAAUAGGCCUAUAUGUGCUACUACUACACAAAAUGUGUACAGUGGGUAUGGAUUAAUAAUUUCAUUAGAUUUAUUUCAACAGUACAAAAUAUUAAAUUAUAUGUCUAUCUUUCAAAGACUCAUUUUCAUUUGUCAAAUUAAAUAUGGCAGCUGCCCUGAACCAUGCUUGUUUACUUUCGUAGUACUUUUUUUUCCACAUACGCCUUUCAUCUUCUUUUUUCUUUUUCUUUCUUUUUUUUCUUUUUAAAUCUAAAAUUUACUUGCCAUAUGAACAUAUGACCUUCUAUUCAUAAAUGUGAUGACAACAUUUGACAUUGUAUUUACUACCCAUGACUGAAAGGGAAGAGGGCACUGUCAGUGCAGGGACAAACCAAGGUUAAGUUUACCUCUGUGGAACAUCUAAAGGGUUUAUAUUUUGUUUUCAUUUUCAUUUUUCCAUAAAAGAUUUGCUUGUAACAUAAAUAAACAUUAUUUUACAUUUUCUUAACCUUCUUCCCAAUCUUAUUUACAUCUGAUCAGGGAUACAAAA